AUGGCGCAACAGCUGGACUCUCUGGGGUGUCUGGGCCAGGGCUGCCCUCCCCUGGUGCUGCUGCUCCUCUUCCUCCCACUCGUCACUGUGCUUCUUGUGGCUGUCUUGGUAGAAGUCUCCAAGGUCCCUAAGGUCCCCAGUUCCAAAGACCUGGAGCAUUUGAAGCAGGAGGAAAUCUACCAGGAACUCACCCAGCUGAAGGCUAGAGUUAAUAGCCUGUGCCGCCCCUGUCCCUGGCAGUGGACAUUCUUCCAAGGAAACUGUUACUUCUUCUCCAACUCCCAACGGAAUCAGCAUGACGCCAUCACUGCCUGCCAGGAAGUGGGGGCCCAACUGGUCAUAAUCAAAACUGCUGAGGAGCAGAACUUCCUGCAGGUGCAGAUUUCCUGGAGGAAUUGUUUCACCUGGAUAGGGCUCUCUAACUUGAAACAUGAAGGCACAUGCCACUGGGUGGAUGGUUCACCUCUGCUGCUCAGCUUCAUGAAGUAUUGGAACAAAGGGAAACCCAACAGCAGUAGGGAAGAAGACUGUGCGGAAUUUAGAGGCGAAGGCUGGAAUGACUCCAAAUGUGAUUAUAGCAAAUUUUGGAUCUGCAAGAAGACUGCAGCCUCCUGCUCCAGCAGCUGA